AUUUAAUAGAUUGUACCUAUAAACGUCGGAGGAUAUGUUUAAUUCAAUAUUUCAAACAACUAAAUAAUAAAGUGAGAUAAGGAGAUAAAUGUUACUGAAAAUUUGAUUUAUUUGUUUCGGCAAAUUAAUUCUUUUUAUCAGUGGUGAUCAGAAGAAUUCCCAUCUAUGUAUGAAUUAUCUAGUGCACAAACCAGCGCAUGCGCCAUUUAGCGUACCGAGCAACAAGGAGUUGGCAUUUCGUGUGUGUAAAUUUUUUGCGAUGUACCGCAAAGAAAAGCCAUUGAUCUUGAAAAGUAGUGCAUCAUCACUUACAAAUAACCUUUCUGUGUUGGUUGCACUAGAUAAAGGAGUCUUGAACUAUGCUGUGGUGCACAAAGCAGUCGUCAACAUUAUCUCUGCAUCAACUGAUGGCGCCACCGUCAACAGCAGGAAUAUCGUCUGCAAAGAACCUUCAGCGGCCCAGCAAAGCACACCGAUGAUAAUACAAGCAAAAUGGGUGUGCCUUCCCACCAGAACAGUUUUUGUUUUAACGUCAUUGAAAGGAAUACAGAUGUUCGAAUCCGACGGAUCGGCAAUGAUAUAUUGGCAUGCUUUAGGGGACAUCAACAGCACAGACAUCUUAGAACACGCCAACUUUGGACGAGGAGUGACUGGAAUUGGGGAGAAUUUUAUUUGUAUAGGUACACAGCUGGGGGAAAUCCAUGUGUUCAAUGUGCCAGCCAAGGGAACUAAUGUUACACUGAAGGAGAGUCUGAUAGGACACAGAUAUCCUAUAUGUGAUUUGGCAUCCAGUGGAAACAAAAUGGUCAGCUCUGAUGAACAAGGAAACAUUAUAGUCUGGUCACUGUCUGGGACAACAUUCAAACAGACUCACUCCAUCACCGGCUCUGGAAGCCCUUGCAGUAGUAUAUUCCUCUGGAAAAAUGUUAUCAUUGCUGGCUUUGGUAACGGCCAGAUAAGGCUGUACUGCGCAGAUACAGGAAAACUGGGGGCAGAGGUCAAUGCUCAUGCUCGAUGGAUUACAGCCUUGGAUGUUGCCACUGACAAUGGAAUGCUGUUGUCUGUGAGUGGAGAUUCUUAUGUCCGAGUCUGGCAACUGAAGGAAGGCAAUCCAAUGCCAGAGAUUGAGUAUUUGUCCCAGGAAUGUGUAUCUGACCAACAGCUGGUGGGGGUGCAGUUCCUCCACCCUCAGGGUCGGGCAUUUUGUACUACCGGCUACGACAGUUGUGAUCUCUCAUUCUAUGUCCAGAGCUAAGCUACACACACCUGCUAUCCGGAGCACAGAAAACUUUGCAAUAGACGUAAUGUUCAGCGAUCUUCUAAAGAUGCGGGCCAUUGUUGGUCGUGGACUCCGUUUUCUAAUUUAUUCUGUGAAUGUGAUGUUUAUAGACUUAGUUCUGUGUAUAAAUAUUGUUGUUGAGGAGACUUUUAAAAAUGUUUAUAUAUGAAUUGAAAAAUUUGUUCUGUGUAUAAAUAUUUUUGUUGAGGAGACUGUAAAAAUGUUUAUAUGUGAACAGAAAGAUGUGUUCUCAUCAUGGUAAGACUCGGUAAAUUACCAUUUCAUCGUAGUGCAAAGUACUGAAUCUCUGCUUUGUGAUUGUCUGUGAUGUAUUUUAUGAAGAGUGUCCAUUUUCUUUGUACAUUACGCUAGGAAUUUCCCCAUAAAUAUCUAUACUUAUGAAUCAUGGCUGUAAAAACUGGUACAAAUCAUGUACGUCUUUAUCAGCAUUUCCUGAAAAAUGUUUUUGGCAUUUCAAUAUUUGGGUUAGAUUAUUUUCAUAAUGGAUUGAAAGUGGUUAUAUACAUUGUCCUUAAAUGUAUUAAAAUUUGUCAAUAUUCUCCGUCCAUUAAAGCUGUUUAUUUGGU